UCCGUUGCUAUUCUGAUUUCCAGUUCGCGUUUGUUGCCCGUGAAGGAUGCCUUCUGCCAACCCUAAACUAGAGAAACAGGCCUCUACGGAGACCGUAGAACCUAUACGCCAAGCGAUUAUCGUUAUCGAGCAUAAGAUACGGAAUCUUGAAAAGCGUAAGGUGAAACUAGAAUCCUAUAGGGAUCUGCAGAAGAAUGGAAGGGAACUGAACACAGAUCAGAAAAUAGCAGUAGCCAAAUACGAUGAGGUGUUACAAACACUGGACAUAACGAAAGAGCUUUACAAGCAAAUCGUGACAAUUUCCCAAGAUGCCGUGAAACAGCAGAAGAAGCUGGCGAGGAAAGAAGCUAUCGAGAGGAUGCAACAGGAUAUCGCAAAGGUGAGAGAAGUUCUCCUUAUCCAAGAUGCAUUGAUGAACAUGGGUACAACGGCUGUUAGAGAAGACUUCCUUGCUGGAAGAAAUGGUGCUGUGAAAUUGACAGAAGAAGAUUUAAAGUGCUUGGAUAGCUUGUACAAUGAAGUUAUGAUGAAACAUCAGAGGGAAGAGGGUGAGCCAACGUUUCUUCAGCAAGUACAAAAGGUGGCGGAACAUUACGUUGCUAUUGUCGAUGGGAAACAAAGAGAAGUCGUUGGCACUACCUACAAACAAUUAAAGGAAAUCAUUACUUCUAUAACUCAGUGCGGCUAUUUUGAUCAAGUUCACGAAGCUGAGACUGUAGUAGAAGAAGUCACGGAAGUCGUUGCAGAGACUGAAGUAACGGAAACUCCUGUACAAGAUCAAGUCAAUGAGGAAUACAAUAGCAACGAUAGACACAUUCCACCCGAGUCCAUGAUUCCCAUUCCUAAUUUUCCAGUUCAAGUCGCUCCUCUGCCCGUUGUUUCUGGCACUACCUCAGUUUCCGGCCCUAUCCCUGUAGUGGCGCAACCUAUUCCACCACAUCCAGCCACGUCGGUUGAAACCUCUUACUACACAAACGCCACGGGAUUUGUUCCUCCACCGCAGCCGCAACAGCAAUCUCAGCAGGCCCAACAACAACCGCCACAAGCUCCUAGGAUCAACGACGUUAUCGGCACACCGAACUUCUUUUUCUUGCAAGAGUCGGAACUCGAUUCACCGGAUGUUACAUCGCAAGCACCUAUUGUCUCACACAUUCCUGCUGCUGUUAACGCACCUAUUCCUUCGCAAACGUUUACGAAUCAAAACUUUGCGAAUACGCCGGUGGUAGCACAACCAGUUAUAUAUCAGCCGCCACAGGACAUGACCCAGAUUCCUGGAUUUGCUAAUCCUAACCCGCCUCCACCCAUUCCGAUGCCUCCCUCUCAUCAACAACCGAGCAUGCAGUACAGUCCCCAGCAUCCUACCAAUUUUCAACAACAACCGCAGCAGCAGCAGCAAGUUCCGUCGCCACAAAUCGCCCAACAGCCGCAAGCUCAGAACUUCGAACAUCAACAAGAAAACCAACAGCAACCUGUCGAGGAGAAGGCUAAAGAGAAUCAGGAUGAGACGGCAGCUCCGGAAACUGAAUUGGAACAGCCAAGUGAAUCUGGGGAUUGGUGUCAAAUGACCGAAUCUUCGAACGAGUGGAAUCAAACCGAGUCGUCACAACCAUCCGUUCAAGACUCGCAACAGACGCAGCAGCAAACGUCCCAACAAGCUUGGGGCGAUCAGCAACGCGGUGGAUAUAGAAACCGAGGCGGAAGAAGGGGCAAUUCCAACGGGUACAAUGGAAGAGGCAGGGGCGGCGGUUACCAGCAAAAUGGUCGCGGAGGACAAGGAACUUAUUAUCGUAACGACAGUAAUUACCAAAACGGUUAUCAACAACGAUCUUGGGGUAAUAGUGACGGGAACACUGGUUACAAUUCUGGUUACAAGAGAGGUGGCGGCGGACCAAGGGGUGGUCCACGUGGUGAGCGUAGUAUGGAUGCUCGUGGCCGAGGACAGUUCCGUAGCCAGAGAGGAGGGAAUCGAGGUGGUUACACAUCCCGUGGUAAACCCCAUACGCAGCAGUAAUAAAAGACGCGAUAGAAUUAAUGCACAGUGAAACAUAAACGAAGUUGUGAGAUCAGAAUUCAAUGGUCUAUUUACGAAAGAACCUAAGUCGUAUCUUGAAGAUAUAGGAAGACUUGGGGAAGACGUUUUAUAUUAAGUGAAAUACGUUAAUUUUAAUAAUGUGCAAGUAGCAAUUUCAACCGUUUCAGAUUGUUCGAUAGUUAUUGUGAAACUUACAAAAAGGAUACGAAUGAAUAAUUGAUGAAAAAAAAGUAACACGAAUGAUGAAAGGUGCUGACAUUUUAUUUGUACUGUAAUCUUGACACCUUUCUCGCGGCUUAGGAUAUUUCCUAAAUAAGACAUUGAAUACAAAAAUUUUGCAUUUGAAUUUGGUAUCUAAGAUUCAUUCGAGAAGAAGAUCGAUAAUUAAUGAAAAAAAAAAGAAAAAGUUAAACAGACGUAACAUUGUGAUAUAAGAAGAGAUCAACCAAAUUUAGAAGCGUGAACCCACCAUGCAAGUAUUAUUGUGUUGUGACAGAAGGCAGUUUUCACAGGGCAACAACAGCUGAUCAACAAAGAUUAGAAAAAAAUAAUUUUAUUAUAAAAAAUACAAAAAAAAUGAGAACUCAUACAAGCAUUUCACGCGAAGACACACAAGAUUGUAUUUAACGAAUAACGUUAAAGUAAUUACACGAAUAGAUGAACUGCACGACCAUCUCUUUGUCUUGCGGCGCAUCGUUCUAGAGAAUUUUUUAAGAUAACAGAAAAAAGAGGAUACAGUGAGCAAUGCCUUCUAGUGCUAUUAUCUUCUUGACUUCAUAUUCCACUCUCGGUCUAUGAAUCUGCGAAGCAUUUAGGAAGUUCAAGUUUUCGAGAUUUAGUAGUUUGGGAAAGGGGAGAGGAGGAGAUGAAAGGUCCCACGUGGACGCACGCGAUUCUCGAAGAAUAUUUUACACGGGACGUCUUUCAUGAUUAAUUACCACGUACGCCGUCGCUCCCUCUUCUGUUUUUUCUGUACGACUCCAAAAUUCUUCACGGUCGCCUACACAACUGGCCAAGUAAAAGAGAUUGCAGUGCAAUGUCAAGUUUAUCAACCAAACAUUACCUGAUUUUUUUAUCGCAAAAUAUAUACGAUUAUUUUUAAAGAAAAAAAAAGAAUGGAAGCGAUAGCGCGAAGCUUUAGCAUGUAAGUCGAGUGUACAAUUACUGACUAGAGGCAAAGAAAUGAGAAAGGUGUGCGUUGAAUCAGUGCACUGGUUGACGAGAGCCACCGCGCUCAUGCCACACCGAACACACGACGAGGAGUACCGUAUUGUAUUUCGUUUGUACAUUUGUGUUUAAUCACCUCCAUCUACAGUUAUGUUCAACUAUCCUAUGAAUACUUAUGUAUCUUCCAAAUAAAGAUCUAAUUCAACCCUGCUAA